GAAAUAUCCGCCCGAGAUUCAUCUUUGGUGAAGCGGACACCAGUUUAUCAAUUUUACAUUGAUGUUACCGCUGUUCAGCAUCAAACAAAUUUCAACAAAUGGUUCGCUGCUGGCUACCGAAUGGUCUCCCUCAAUGUAUAUGAUUUGCCUCCCAAUCACCGUUAUACCGCAGUCUGGGUCCAACGUUCCGGGCCUCGCAAUCCACGAAGCAGAUGCAGCCACCUACCAAACAUGGUUCAAUACCAAUGCCGCCAAUGGUUUUGUCACAACGCUGCUUAGCACUACCGGCACAGCAUCAAACCCCAUCUUUGCCGCCGUAAUGAAGAAGAAUGGGGUGACGAACUGGUAUCAAAGCUGCGGGGUUGUAUGGGCCGAUUGGAAGGUGGGAAUCCAGACCGCGCAGCAAAAUCGAUAUAUUCUUAAAGCCAUCACGGAAUACGGUCCUGGAGGGCAGAAUCAACUCUACUGCACAGUUUACUACUACAAUGAUCAAUACGAUAAGUGGAUGGCAGAGGUACGUGGAGGCGUUGAUAACUUCCAAACAGUCUUCAACAGCGAAGUCAUCAAGCCUUUCUGGCGUCCAUAUGCACUCUCCAUGGGAGAAAAUCAAUGGGUCGAAUCCGCUUUCACAGACACCGACGUCGGAUCGUGGGUUUGUCACUACGGCAUGACAGCCUCACAACUUGCAGCCCAAAAUGCUACCCAAAAAGCAGCCGGAAGAUUCCCAAUUCAUGUCUUGGGAGGAGGAACAGGCUCUUCGACUCUUUUCGCGGCCAUAUUUGCUGAACACGACAUCCCCACACCUAGAAGCUGGUGGGCAACCGGCAGCACAAUCGGAUUCCAAAACAACGCAGUGGCUCAAGCAGCAGCUGAUUCCAUGAUGCAGUCAUUCAUGCAGAAGACUGGCGUUCGCCAAGCUCAGUUCGCUGUCGGCAAAGCUGGAAAUAUCUUGCUUGAAAGAGCCUACUCGUGGAGCGAAGCAACUCGGCAUACUACACUUCCAACAGAUGUUUUCCUCAUGGCCAACCUUUCCCAAAUCUACCUUUCGGCGGCGAUUCAAUUUCUCUACGACUCAAAUCAGCUCUCUCCCACGACGAAAGUCUACCCCUUACUCGGAAUCACAAAUACCCCCGAUCCCCGCCUCCAAGACGUCACUGUCGCUCAACUGCUCGCACACCAAGGCGGUACUGACCUGCACGACUACGAUGGCAGUAACCUCGGUUAUGGUGACGUUGCCUACGAUAUCUCCUGCUCGACGAACAUUGGCGGUAUUACCAGUUGCGGGCCAACUAACACGGCCGCCAUUGUGAAUUGCAUGACUGGCCGCACCUUGGACUAUGCUCCUGGAACGGCAACUGCAUAUUCUAACUAUGGAUACAUCCUUCUCUCAUACGUGAUCGAGCAUAUCUCGGGACAGGUUUACUACGACUAUCUCUACAGCCAUAUUCUGCUACCGGGGUCGUACGAUGUCAGGAAAUACGCCACUGCGUCGACUGCGCAUGUCAAUGACCCUGUCACGCAGGAGAGCAAGUGGACGGGUAUUGGAGCAAUGACCCCGCAGACAUACAAUGAGAUGGCGUUUGUGUUUGGUGGGGAUGGAAUGUGUAAGGAGGCAAAUUUCGGGGCGAUGAGUUUGGCCAGUAGUGCGAGUACUAUUGUGAGGUUUAUCGGGACGCAUGGUACAUUUUCUCAUCUUUCCUUAACGAUAUACCUUCUCUCCCAUCAAGACUCUCCAACUGAUUGAAUCAUAGCGGUCAAUGGUAUCGGCCCACGUCCCUCCUUCCGUGUCAGCCGCGUUCCGAACCCGGUAUCUUCCCACAAAGGUCACACUUCCGGGUCUAUGUCAUUCGCCCAGUCGCGAUGGGAUGGCCUGGAUUUUGUGAUCAUCAUAAAUACUGAG